CGGUGCACAAGGUUGCGGCGCUGAUUCUUCGGUUACUCCUGGCUAUGCUUUCGUUUAUCUAUAAUUGUCCUCUUGACUGACACGAAUCGACCGCAUGACCGGCCUUCUAGCGACCUCUAAAAGCCUAUGGCAGAGGUCCUGGCGCGCAAAGGAAUCUCCCUAUCGUUCCGCGAUGAACGACCUCGACGAGAAACACUCUGCCGGACCAGUCACCUUGGCUGUAGUGGGAUGCGGGCAACGAGGGAAGGCAUACGCCAAAUAUGCUCUUCAAUGUCCAGAUCGCUGCAAGGUCGUCGCCAUCGCAGAGCCUCGCUCGGAGACGCAAAAGUACUUUGCUGACCUGCACAGCGUCGAUAACACACUUGUAUUUCGCACCUGGAGAGACCUGCACGCUGCCUCUGCAGAAACACUGGGCACCAUCGGAAAACGUCUUGCGGAUGCCGUGAUUAUAGCCGUGCAGGACUAUAUGCAUGUACAAGUCGCUGAAGCUUUUGCGGAGCAAGGAUACCAUAUCCUAUGUGAGAAACCUAUGGCCACAAGCGUAGAUGAUUGUAUUAGAAUGGAGACGGCGAUCAAGAAGGCUGGGAUUAUAUUCGGAAUGGGACAUGUGAUGCGUUACUCUCCUUAUAGCCAAGAGAUAUCAGAGAUCGUCCAGUCAGGACGUCUAGGAAGACUGGUAAACCUUGUUCAGGUGGAGCCUGUUGGAUAUUACCAUUUUGCCCAUUCUUACGUGCGAGGAAACUGGGCGAAGGAGGCCAAAAGUUCGUUCUCCCUCAUGACCAAGAGUUGCCAUGAUAUCGACAUUAUCUGCCACUGGCUCUCCCCCUCAAUCCCGGCUCGUGUGUCAUCUUUUGGAUCACUACAGCACUUUAGAAAAUCUGCCAAACCUAUAGAAGCCGGUGCUGCUACUCGUUGUAUUGACUGUUCAAUAGAGAAAAUGUGUCCGUACAGUGCCAAGAAGAUGUAUCUGGAUCCCGUAUCAAAGGGCAACAAAGGAUGGCCCGCCGAGACUAUCGUCGAUGGUAUUCCCGACAUCGAAAACAUAGCAGAAGCCCUGAAAUCCGGUCCCUAUGGCAAAUGCGUCUACGAAAGCGAUAACGACGUCUGCGAUAACCAAGUGGUCAACCUCGAAUUCGACAAUGGAAGCACGGCGUCGUUUACUAUGAUCGCUUUCACAUCUCUGAUAUGCGACAGACAACUCCGCAUGCAUUUUACGCAUGGAGAAAUUGUCGGAGACAUGAACAAGUUUACGGUUACUGAUUUUCGGACGAGAUCGACUACUACACAUAUCCCGAAGGACGAGGGCGGUGGCCAUGGCGGUGGGGAUCUUGGUUUGAUGCGGUCUUUCGUGAAGGCUGUUCGAACAGGCGACCAAAAAGUCCUGGGUACUGACAUCGUGGAAGUCGUGAAGGGCCAUCUGACUGUCUUUGCGGCUGAGACGAGUCGUAAAGAAGGGCGGAUGAUUAAUUGUGUCGAGUAUGAAAAGUUAGCACGAGAACGGGUGACUGCAAAUUUUUCAGGAUAACAGAUUUUUCCAUUUCAUCUACUAUACUUUAUCUUGGCCCACAAUCUCUACUGUACAACAACCAAGUUCUUUAUUUUUAUCACUACAAACAACAAGACAAUUAACUGGUACGACGAACAGAUGUAAAAUGGCAGAUGGGAUAAAUAGUUACUGAUGUAGCUAGUCUGCCCAAUAAUGAAAGAACACUGUAAACCUUGUUAAUCAAGAGGAAGGAAGAUAGAUACAGAUCCAAACGACACCCUGGCACAAACCGCAGAUAUAUACGAUUUGC